AUGGGCCUCAUUGCGGACACGAAACAAGCGAUUCGGGAUUCUCCCAAGGGGAUGUUUAACUGGUACGUGAUGAUGUGUACCUGCAUCUUCGCUUUCUCAGGUGUUUCCAAGGGGUUUGAUGAAGGAAACAUUGCCUCCAUCGUGGUACAAAGCCACUUCAAGAAAGUUUUUGGACUCUCCAAAGAGUCUGAUGAGCAGUAUGCUAACACAAAAGGCUGGCUGGUCUCUAUUGCUACCGCCGGUGCUGUCUUUGGAUGUUUGGGGUGUCUACCUCUUACCGACAAAAUAGGACGACGGUGGACGUUGCUCAUUGCAACCGUGAUUUAUAUGGCCGGCGUUCUCGGACAGGGUCUGAAUGGGGGAAGCCUGUCUGGCAUGUACGCCUCCAGAUUCAUUGCUGGAAUUGGUAUCGGGGCCACAACUGUUAUACCUCCUAUGUAUAUCACUGAGAUCGCACCCAAGUCUAUCCGAGGACUCCUCACCCUCCAAUACGCCGCCUGUCAACAACUCGGGGUGGUAUUUGGUUUCUUCAUCAACUACGGCGUGACCAAGAGCUACGCCGGCACCAACACCCAAUGGAUGCUCCCAACGCUACUCCAACUUCUACCAGCGUCUAUCUGGGGACUUGGCAUCUUUCUCUGUCCCGAAUCUCCCCGUUGGCUUCUAUACAUUGGCCAACGAGAGCGAGCCAUGGCCAACCUGGCAAAGCUACGGCAUCUUCCUAUCGACCACCCAGUACUCCUCGCCGAGAUAGCAGGUAUGGAUGCUAGAAUUCUCCAUGAAACAGAAGCAGUCGGCAACUCAGGGCUGUGGGAUCUCUUGAGAGAAACCCUCGUCCCCGUUGAGAAUAGACGGCGCUUCUUUCUUAUUUUCAUGGCGACGCUGUUCUCACAAUGGUCUGGAGCGAAUGCAAUCACGCAGUACUCGCCGACUAUCUUUGGUUACCUGGGUAUUUCGGGAGAUGAGUCUAAGUUCUUGGCUACUGGCAUCUAUGCUAUUGUCAAGUUCGUGAGUACAUUGGGGUUCGCACUCUUUGUGGUUGAUUUUAUUGGUCGGCGCCGCUCCCUUUUGACGGGUAUUUGUCUCCAGAUUAUCACCCUGGCCUAUGUUGGUGGUUAUCUCGGUGGAACGAGCAACAUGACAGCACGUCAGAUUGCCAACUCGCAGGACGCUACUCGCGCAUCGACCGGCGCCAUAGUAGCCAUCUACUUCCACGCCGUGGCAUGGAGCAUCGGCUGGUUCAGUAUCCCGUACCUAAUCGGAUCCGAGAUUUUCCCGACAAAGAUCCGUUCGUUUAACAUGUCUAUUGCGAUGGGCUUUCACUGGGCGUUCUAUUUUGGAUGUUCACGAGCGAUGCCUAGUCUACUUGCUGCAACCCACAAAUGGGGGGCUUUUGUUUUCUUCGGAUGCAUUUGCUUAAUAUCCUUGAUUUACGUUUACUUUGCCAUGCCGGAUACGACUGGGCGAUCACUCGAAGCUCUAGACGGUCUUUUCCAGCGGCCAUGGUAUACUAUGCGCAAAGUGGCCUAUGCCGAGAAAGAUGAGAUUCAAAUUGAGCAACUUGGCAAAAGAGAGAUAGCUCCUCGUGCGGAACACUGUGAAGAGGCAUAA